AUGACUUCUUCUUCGACUUGUAUCCCAAUUUGUUUAUUUUGUAAUUGUCCAACAUCCUGUAGUCUUGGUCAAGGUGAUUUAAUUUUAAUUCGUUCUCCGUCGGAUCAAUCCCAAUCAAUAAUUAAUUCUACACCUCGGCAUCUCGACGAUAUUCCAAUUGAAAAAAGACAUAAUUUUAUAUUAGAAACUGGAAAAAUUAUUGUUCCAGUUGAUUCAGAAUUAUUUAAUGUUGGUUUUCAAUCAUCGUCAUAUUGUAUACCUAAUGGAGAUUUUUGGGUACAUGAACGAUGUUUAAAAUGGUCAUUAACAGAUGCUGAUAAAAUAAAUGAUCAAGAUAUUAUUCGUAACACAGUUAUAAAUGCAUCUAAACAGAAAUGUACAAUAUGUGAUCGUUAUGGGGCAUCACUUUCAUGUCGAAAUGAUAUAUGUUCAUCGAAAUUUCAUUUACCAUGUGCACAAUCAUCGGGCUGUUUUUUUUCUCAUUCUCAAUCUGCAUUACUUUGUCCACAACAUUUGGAUUCAGUUGUUUCAAUUUUUGAUGUUGAAUCAUCAUCAUGUGAAGCAUGUUCAGAACCAGGUGAUGUACGUGGACAAUUAUUUUGUACAAAUUGUGAUAAACAUUAUCAUGCUGAAUGUCUUAUACUUGAAGCAAAUCGUGUUGUACGAACAGGUUGGCGUUGUCCUGAUUGUAAAAUAUGUCAAACAUGUCGACAAUCAAGUGAUGAUGCUGAAAUGAUUAUGUGUAAUGUAUGUGAUAAAGGUUAUCAUACAUUUUGUUUACGUAAUCAAUCAAUACCAAAAGAUGGUUGGAGUUGUUCAAGUUGUUUAUCAUUAACAAAGAAAAAUUCAUCAACAAAAGAUUUAUGUUCAUUAUGUCAAAAUGAAAUUUUAUCAAAACAAAAUAUUCGACAAUGUCAAUCAUGUCAAAUACGUAUACAUUCAACAUGUCAUUCAUUAAAUGAUGAUUAUUAUGAUGAUGAUACAUCAUAUAUAUGUCGAACAUGUUCAAUAUCAUCAUCAACAACAACAAUACCUAUGGAUGAAGGUGAUGAUGAUGAUGAACUUAAUAAUAAAGAAAUUUAUCGUUCAUCAUCAAGUUUAAAAACAAAUAGAUUUAUUAUUAAAUCACAAAAAUCAAGUAAUUCACCCAUUGUUUCACCGGGAAGUGGUAUAUCUACUCGUAAACGUCGUAGUAUUGAUUAUAGUCAACAAUCAUCACUUGAAUAUACACCAGGUGGUGGUGAUAGUAGUGAAAUGACAUCAUCAACAACAAAUAUAAAUCAACAAGAAACACCGUUAAUAUUUGAAUCAUUAUCUAGUAUAAAAGAUGAAUCAUCUGAACAUUCAAUGGAUUUACCAAUGACAACAACAAUUAAUAUACCAAUAAAACAAGAAGAUGAUGAUCAACCUAUAUUUCAACAACCAAUAAAAUCUUUACGUACACAAACAAGUCAAAAAUCUGGAAAAGGAAAACCAGUUUUCGAAAAUCGUACUUAUGGAGGCGAAAUUAGUAAAAAACGAGCAAGACGGACGUUAAAUAAUGGUCAUCGUCGUGCUUCGUCACCUCAAUCAUCGUUAGGUAUGACUCAAACAACGACUACAAAUCAACCACGUACUGGUACAACGACAGGUACUGGUUGUCGAGGUAGACCACCAAAAAUUCGUAAAGAUAUUCCUGUACAAUCAUCAACUAUUGAUGAAACAUCAACAAUACAAAUGAAUGUAUUAAAUACAAGUGGUGCUAGUACGGGUAGUUCAUAUACAGUUGGAGCUGUUAAACGUGAUGAUGAUGAACAUCAUGCUGUUACUGUUCUAUGUGCAUCCGAUGAAUUAUAUACAUUAGGACAAGAUAUGUGUGUUAGUUGUGGUAGUUUUGGUUUAGACGAAGAAGGACGUUUAAUUUCAUGUACACAAUGUGGACAAUCUUAUCAUUCAUAUUGUGCUGGAUUAAAUAAAUUAUCAAAAGUUAUAUUAAAACAAGGUUGGCGUUGUCUAGAUUGUACUGUAUGUGAAGGUUGUGGUAAACCAACGGAUGAAUCUCGUUUAUUAUUAUGUGAUGAUUGUGAUAUAUCAUAUCAUACAUAUUGUCUUCAACCACCACUUGAUCAAGUUCCCAAAGGCAACUGGAAAUGUCAAUGGUGUGUUCGUUGUGUUAAAUGUGGUUCAACAAAUCCAGGUCCAACUGGUUCAUGUUGUUUAUGGGAAAAUAAUUAUACAGAAUGUGCACCAUGUCAUUCACUUGUUAUUUGUCCUGUUUGUUCAAAACCUUAUCGAACAGAUGAACUUAUUGUUCAAUGUACAUUAUGUGAUCGUUGGUUGCAUGGUUCAUGUGAACAUAUUCUAACUGAAGAUUCAACAUUAUCAACAACAGGUGAUUUUAUUUGUUCAUUAUGUCGACCAACAGCAAUAUUAACAUCAGCAAAUGAAACACUUCAAUCAUCAACAUCACCAAAAUCAUCAUCACCAUCUGAUCAAGCACCAUUAUUAGUUGUUGCAACAAAUUUAUCAACAUCCAAUCAACUAAAUACAUUACAAUCACAAUUACCAACACCAAAAGCAACAAAAUUAGAUGAAGGUGUUUAUUUAACUGAUACUGGUUUAGCACAAUUAAAAUCUAUACGUGUUAAACCAUUACCUAAAAAAGCAGCAGCUGCAAUAGCUAUAACAACAAAUACAAAAUCUAAACGUGGUGGUUUAGCUAAUUAUAUUAUGGGUGGUAUUAAACGAAAUAAUUCAAAUUCAAUACAAGAUGAUGAUAUGUUAGGUAAUAGUGCAACAGGUGGUGGAAGUGGUACAAGUGAUGAUGAAGGAACCAAAAAAGCAACUGCUACAGUACCAAUCGCUAGAGCAGCAAAAGGUUAUAAUGGUAUUGGUGGUUUUCAUGUUAAAAUUCGUGGUCAACGUCGUCGUCAAGAUCCAUCAUCAUCCACAACUGAUCUACCACAAGAUGAUAAUUUUCAUGAUGAAUCAUCAUCAACAAAUAAACGUAAACGUGAUCGUCGACCAUUAAAAAAGAAGAGUGUUUUAGAAGAACAUAUGCCACCGGAAAUGCAAGAAGCAUUCUUUGGUAGUGAUCUUGCUGAAAAAAGUCGUUUAAUGGCUCAACAUCAUAUUCCGUUUGUACCAUUACAAUUAAAUGAUCAAUCAACAACAACUAUAAAUAAUAAUAAUGAAUAUACAAUAAAAUUAGAUCAUGAUACAGUUAAUCGUUUUUUAAUAAAAAAAGCUACGAAAUUAGCAUUAGCUGUUAAAGAAGAACAACGACAACCACCACCAAUUGUACCUGUACCUACACCAACAAAUCCGAUUCAACCACCGACUAUAACACCAGCUGAUGAUGAAAAUGAUAUGCAAGCUAUUUUAGAUAAUGAAGAAUUUUGUAAUUUUGUUGAAUAUAUGAUGAAUACUUCUAAAGCAACACAAGAUCCAAUGUUACCACUAUGUGGUCCAACAGAUAUUGAAGAUUUUCUUGAAUUUAUUGAACAUCCUGAAACUCAUAAUGAUUUACAAGCUGUUGAUCUUCUUAAUAAUGCUAAUUCAACUAAUCAAAAUUCAUCAAUAACAACUACAAAUAAUUCUGUUCAAGUUAUACAAUCUCAUCAAACAACAAUGAUAACAUCAACAUCAUCAUCUCAUCAUUCAGCUAAUUCUCAAGUACCAUUACAAACACCAACAUCAAAUCUUGUUGUUAUGGCAACUAAUGUUAAUGAUAAUUCAAAACAAAUUAUUAAUAAUUUAGCAAGAGAAAUGAUGGAAUCAACUGGUUUACAUACAACAAAUACUGCAUCAAUUUUAUCACAAACAAAUAUCACAAAUACGGGUCUUAUUGUUAAACAAGAAUUUCAUGAACAUUCACAUCAACAAAGUCAAAUGAUAAUUCCUCCACAACAACAACCCCAGCAACAACCGACUUGGCCUCAACAACAAACGAUGAUACGUAUGCCAUUAAUACCAUCUACACCUGUAUCCUUACCGGCUAGUACUACUCCAACACAAGAUCGAUCUGGACCAUCAACUGCUGAACAUACAAAUCUAAUGGAUCGAACACGUGAAGAUGAAUUAUUAGGAGCAAAUGCAACAAUGUCAAAUGUACUCUAUUGUAAUGUUAAUCAUCCUGAUUUAAAACAACAAUUUCCUGAUUUUAAUGAACGAUUUAAACAAAUGAAAAAAAUCUGGCGUAAAGUUCCUACUGAUGCAAAACAAAAUUAUACUCAACAAGCACGUCUUAAUCGUACAAAACGACGUGUAUUGAAAAGUACAAGUAGUCAAUCAUCAACAACUUCGAAAGGUACAAAACGGAAGAAUUCUUCUAAACAACAAUCAAGUGAACCUGAAGAUAAUAAUAAUGAUGGAGGUGCUGGAAGUGAAAGUCGUUCAUCAACACCAUCAUCAUCAGCAACAAAUGAAACAACAACUGUUGUUAUUCAUCCAAAUGAACAUCAAGAACUUCCAACAACACAUAUGUAUCAACAACCAAGACAAAUGUAUUCACCUGGAAGUGGGAAUUUAAUGGUAACAACACCAAAUACAGCACCUAAUUUUCAUCAUCAACCUUAUUCAACCCAACAACAAAUGCAAAGACCACAACAACCAGGAUAUGGAACAGCAAUUUCUGCUCCAGGUGGUUAUCCUGCACCACAAAGAUUUAAUUUUCCACCUCAACAACAAGUUCCACCUCCACAACAACAACAAUCUCAAAGUUCGCCAUAUUUUGAAUAUGCACCAUCAACACCACGUUCUGUACCUCAUCAAUCAUCAUCAGCAGAAUCAACACCUAUUCUUCAUUCUACGAAUAAUACAAAUAAUAAUCCAAUUCGAAAAUCAAAUUCAUCAUCUGAUGCUAAUACACCAUAUCAUCAUGUUUCACCAAUGGAUGAAACUUCUCCAUAUCAUCAACAACAAUCACCAUAUGCAAAUCAAAAUCAAAUGAAACCGCAACCUCAACAACAACCACCACCACAACAGCAACAACAGCAACAAUUAUUACCACGUGGUAUGGCACCAAGACCACAACAAAUAAUGCCUAGAUUUUCACAGCAAGAUACAACAAAUUUCGUUCGUACACCAUCAUCUGUUGGUACACCUGUACAACCAACAAGAUUUAUAUUUGCUUCUCCACCAAAUCAACAAGUACAACAGCAACAACAACAAACUCAUUAUGUUCAAUAUGCACAACAAGUGCAAGGACAACAUACAGUUGUUGUACAACAAGGAACUAAUGAAGCAUUUCAAAGAAUGCCUGAAAGUCCAGCUCAUCAACAUAUGCAACAGCAACAACAACAAGUGCAGCAGCAGCAACAACAUCAUCAAGUAUCUCCUCAAUUUAGUCCUCACCAUCGUCCAAUGACACCAAAUCCUCAACAACACCCAAUGGCGAUGCAACAACAACAUCUUAUGUCACCAUAUUCAUCUCAACAACAAUCAAUGCAUCAUCCACAUCCUCAAACAACUCAACACUCACCAACCAUUGUUGUUCAACCAACAUCACAAUUUUCUCCAUCAUCAGUACAUCAUCAUCAAUUAGCAUUAACAACAACGGGUCAUCAAUCACCACCACAAGAUCCAAAUAAACGACAAAUACAAAUGCAAAAACCACCUCAACAACUAUUAGUUAAACAUGAACCCAUGUCUUUUGAUGAACCACAAAUCAAAAUUGAAGCACAUGAUGAUCCCUUAAAUGAAUCAAUAAAUACAGCCAAAAUUCGAGCUGAUCCAUUACUAUCUGUACCACCACAUGUUCUCGAACAAAUUGAUGAAGUAAUAAAUGAUGUUGUCUCCGGUGCUGGUGUUAUUACUCAAGAACUUCCAACUACUACUCAUGCUCCAUCAAUACCUAUUCAAAUAGUUCCAUUAACUCAACCAAAAAUUCAACCUCAACAUAUGAUUACAACUCAUCAUCCUUAUGUUCAACAACAACAACAACAAUCAUUACCACCACCUCCACCACCACCACAAUCACAUGAAUGGUCAAAUUAUCAACAACAACCAACAUUAAAUAUUGCUGCUAUGCGUGGUCCACCAUCCUAUUCACAUUAUCAUUCUCAACAACAACAACAUCAUCAUGAUCUAUUACCAGCAACAACAAAUGUUAUUAAUACAGCAGGUGUACCACAACAUGAACAACAACAAAUUGUUGCUGAACGUAUAUCAUCUAUCUUAGCAUCAUCACCACAUGAACAACAACAAACAAGUGUAACACAAGCACCUAUACAAAUAAAACGUGCAUGGCCAAUGAAUCAACAUCAACAACCAGAUAAUCAUUUUCUUACUACAACGUCUACGGAUCCAUCAAUUUCACUUGAAGAUUUACUUGAACGAGACUUUAAAGAUAAACAACAACAGCAACAACAGCAGCAGCAACAGCAACAACAACAAUCAUCAGUUGACUGGACAAUUGAAAGUAAUACAAAAUCUUCAAUAAAUUCUACUACACAACAAGCACCAUUAAGUCUUGCACAUGCUGUUCAUCUUCUUCAACAAGCUAUAACACAUGUAUUAUAUAAACAAUCUCCACCACCUGAAUUAAGUGGUCUUGUUAGUAUUGGACGUGAUAAUGAUUUAACAAAUAUAAAUGCAAAUAUAAAUGAAGAACAAUUUGAACGUUAUGCACGAUGGUUAAAACAACGUAGAGAAAUAAAUAAUUUAAGAAUAAAAGCAGAUGAAACAAAUUUAGCAGAUAUUAAAAAAAAGAGAAAUAUUUUACUUCGAAAACAAAAACAAUCAUUAUGUACACCUGAAGAAGAACAAGAAAUGCCACGUUUAUCUCAACAACAAACAGAAUAUUCACGUACAUUAACAGCAAUGCGUAAAGAAAGAAAACAAUUUGAUGAAUUAGAACAAGCUUUUCAAGUUUAUAAACAAAGUCGAUUAAAUACAUUAUAUCCACCUAAAUCAUCACCUGAACAACAAUCAGAAACGAUUGCUCGUAUGAUGUCAAUGACAAGUGUUCCUCAAACAUCAAUUCAACCAUUACAACGUUUUCUUUCUGAUACACCACUAACUGCAAUGACAUUUACUUCGUCAUCGAAUAAUGAUGAACAAGAUGAUUUUACUAAUGAUGAUCAAACAUCAUUAUCACCAUCAACUUCAACUGAACUACAACAAAAACAAACGACAUAUACACAACAAGAAAGUCAAUCAAUUAAUUCAACAUUACCAUCAAUACAUAGUUCAUCAUCACCAUCAUCUUCAUUUUUAAUACCAAUGCAACCAUCAACAUCAUCAAAUAAUGAUCCAUCAAUGGAUCAUCAUCAUAUGACAAGUAGUCCAAAUCAUGAAAAUGAUACAAUACCAUUUGAACCAUGUCGAACAUCACCUCAUAUACCAAAUGAAGAUGAAUCCGUACUUGUAUCUGCAUCAUCUAUUGAAUCGAAUAUUCAAUCCAAUGUUGUUGAUGAGCUUGAGCAAUGA